AUGAAGAAGUCAUUCUUCUCGAUUUUUGUGAGUUUUGUUGUGUAUCUUUUGGGAAUUGAAGCAGCUGUUUUCGCACAAAAAAAUGGUACAUCUAAUGACACCUCUUGGAUUCCAUCCUCCACGCAACAAAAUACAAGCCCUCAAGCUUUAGAUUAUUAUUACUUAUUAUUUAACCUUUCUUAUCCUGCUGAAGGCAAAUUACCUAUCUACAUUAUUGUAAAUCCUAACAGAAAAGCACCGUCCCAAGUAUCAAUUUCAUUGUAUGAUGAAUUUAAUAAUAUCAAACUAUUAGAUAUCGCUGAUGUUCCUUUAACAAACUAUGAACUGGCAACACCUUUCAUUGUAUAUACAUGGAAUGUGAUUUCAGAGAUUAAUUCAAAUUUCAAUUUUACAACUGGUUAUUUUACUUUAGUCAUGUCAUAUAAUGAUAGUGACACGACUGUAACAAAAGACAGGCGUAUAAAACUAACAAAUGUAGUGGCUAGCCCAGGCGUAAUUCUACAGAUAGUGGUAGUGUCUUUCGAUUUUAGUUUUAAUUACCGAUACUACUUACCAAAUGGUUCAAUAGUUGAACGAUUUAGUAUUAUUCGAUUCACCUUAGCGAGUUGA